GCCCUACCAACUGAAGAAAAACCCAGUGUAACACCUCAGCCCAGCCAGUUCUCAAACAAUAAUACAAAAGAUAUACCAUCAACAUUGAAGUCAGAGAGCACAUACUCCCAGCCAGUGUUAUCUUCCAAGCCUAAAGUACCAAGUUCUUUCAAUACCCAACCAAGUGCCAACAAUACUGAAAUGAUAGGAGCAGAUUUCACCAUUCCAGAUGCUUCAUGUCCUUUUCUACUGCUUGGUCAAGAGGAAUACAGUGAACACUACUCCUCCGUCACUCACUGUAGGUUCAGUCGCUCUAGCAACACUGUGGCAACCUCAGAUGCUGAUGGUGUUGUCAACUCCAGUCUUAAUCCCGAAAUUGCCACGUACAGGCUGCCAAAUCAAUCAAUUAACUAAUACUACAACAAAGC